AUGGAAAAGAAGCAAGAAGAAGAAUCAGCGAAAGCAGAAUGCACUCACCAUGAUAAUAAUGUUGAGCUAGGAUUUAUUGAGGAGGUCGAUGAUGAAUUAUUAUUAACUAAUCAAUUUUUUCCAAGUAAGGUCGGUGGCAAACCAGUAUGGCUAGAUCUGCAAGGAAUCCCUUCCGCAGCUAGCUUAACAUGCAAGAAUUGUGGAAACGUAAUGCAAUUCCUUAUACAGCUAUAUUGCCCAGUAGAUGGCGAAUCUGCAUGCUUUCAUCGUACCAUUUAUAUUUUUUGUUGCAGAGAUGGACAGUGCCAUCAGCGUUCUGCACAAGAUUGUUUCCUUGUGUUUCGUAGCCAAUUACCUCGUAAUAAUAGCUUUUAUAGUAGCCAACCUCCUGAUCGACAAAAUCCUCAAAAUUCAUACGAUAAUUCACUCCUUACAAAGUGGUGUUCGUUAUGUAGUUUAUGUGGAAUUCCGAGCGAAAAAAAAUGCGCUAAAUGUGGAACGCCGUAUUGUUGUAGACAACAUCAGGUAUUUGAUUGGAAGCACGGCCAUCGUGAAAAUUGUACUUCUGCAGCCAAAACACCCAUAUUUGCAAGCAAUGAUUACUUAUUUCCGCAAUAUGAUGUUUGUAUCGAUGAUGAUGAUGAAGAUAAUGACAACGACGAUGCUGAUAGUAAAUCUGAUCAUCCUACCGAUUCCAAGCUGACUGGAGAAAACUACCAUGAUUAUAUUAAGUCCGACCUUGCUAAUCAAAUUACAGAAGCCGAUAUAAAAUCUGUGGAAGAUCAUAAUCAUGACGAGGAAUUUCUUGAAUUUAAAGAAAAGAUUCGCCUACAACCAGAUCAAAUCCUAAGGUAUAAGCGUAAUGGAAUUCCCCUAUGGAUUUCAAGCAAGGAUAUCCCCUCAUCAUCCGACAUUCCAGGUUGUUCAUGUGGAGCUAAACGUAUAUUCGAGUUUCAGAUUAUGCCUCAACUCCUCCAUUAUUUAAAGAUUGAAAAUUCUCAAACAAGCAUCGAUUGGGGUAUAUUGUUAGUUUACACUUGCAGCAAGAAUUGCUUGCAUAACAACAAUGACAAAUCCUCUAAUGGGUAUAUGAAAGAAUUUCUCUGGAGACAGAAUUAUUCAUCAGCCGAAACCAAAAGUUAA